CACUUCCUGUCUAUGGGAAUCUGGCUUUCGAUUUUUUUUUUCUUUAGCUUUGGGGAAAACAGGAGCUGUAAACAACAGAUUGUCAGGUCAGGAGAGGAGUGUAUUGUUUAGCUGCAAGGGAGAGGAGAAGUCUGUACCACUUAACCAGUGAGCUGUGUGGUACUUACUCUUUCCUAGCAGGACUGCUAUUCAGUGAGAGUCACCCAUAGGAGUGGCUUAACCCAAGGAAAGCUUCUCCAAGGCUGAACGUUUGUUCUCACACUGGAAUAGUUUGAUGGAGACCUCGAGUGCGGAGGUGAACGUUUUUGUGGAGAAAGGGGCAAGAAAGGCUCCAGAACUGAAAAGGGAGAGUGGAACACCCCCAGAGAAAAACUAUGGAUCGAUCUGGGGGGAACAAAAGACCCACAGCUUGUACACGUGGGGAGCGUUGGAGAGUUUCAGACUGUAUCAUCUCUGCCAUGUAUUAAAAAGGAACUGGAAGAGGGAGCCCACCAGUGCUGGGAAGCCCAGUGGCAGGAGUUCCUGAGGUUUCUGCAGCCUCCUAAGGCAGGAUGGGGGAGCCCUUGGACGUCUAAGGAGCCCACUCCAUGGGAGGACACUAAGGCUUUCCUGGCCUCCUUUGAGCAAGUUGCCUCAGCCUGCCGAUGGCCUUGAGACAAGUGGGUGACCCUCCUCCUGCCGUCCCUGAGCGGAGAGGCCGAGCAGGCCUUCAGUGGCCUCGGUUCCCAGGACAGGGGCGACUAUGGGAAGGUGAAGGCAGCCAUCUUGCAAGGGGAGGCCAUCUUGAGGGAGAGGCAGCGCCAGCACUUCAGGCAGUUCUGCUACCGGGACACGGAGGGGCCACGUGCAGUGUAUAGUCGGGUCCAAGAGCUCUGCUGCUGGUGGCUGAAAGCAGAGACCGCAGAGACCCGCACCAAGGAGGAAAUUCUGGUGCUGCUGAUCCUGGAACAGUUCCUGACCGUCCUUCCACAGGAAAUGUAGAGCUGGGUCAGGGAACGGGGCCCGGAGACCUGCGCCCAGGCUGUGGUCCUAGCUGAGGAUUUCCUGCUGAAACAGAAAAUGGUGAAACAGGAAGGAGAGGCGUUGUGGCCUCUGGAUGUGGCUGUGAAUCCCUCUGACACUGGUCACCAGGAUCCGCUCCUGGAUUCGUGGGAAAGGCAGCCCAAGCAGAAGCAUGAUGACCAGGCAUGUUCAUUGGGCAAUGGGGAGGGUCAUCUUCCCCAGAGUGGUUCUGAGCAAAGGGCAUCAGGCGACCCACCUCUGGAAAGAAGCAACGCCUUCCACUAUCGUGAGGAGGGAGCAAGGCUUGGGAGUCAGCAGGGACCAGAGAGCAAGAGGAGAACCAAACCAGGGAAAUGCAUGAACGAAGCCUGUCCCAGUGGCGAAGGCGAUUCUGAUCAAGAAGAAACUGGGGCCAUCCACAAAACCUACCUUUGUCACUGUGGGAAAUGCUGCCGGUGGAGGUCAAACCUCAGAGCACAUGAGGUAAUUCAUGCUGGAGGGAAGCCUCAGCGAUGCUCUGUAUACCAGAGUAGCUGUAAUAAUGGCUCUAACCUCAUGCAUGCAAGAAUUCUGACUGGGGAAAAGUCUUAUAAGUGUUUAAAAUGUGGGGGAAAUUUCCUUCAGGGCCGAUCCUUUGCGGCGCAUGAGGAAAUCCACAUCCAAGAGAAACCGCAUCACUGUUUUAUACGUGGGGAAGAUUUCCGACGUUCUACCAAACUGAGCAGCACUGGAGCAGGAAGGAAAAAUAUGACCUGGUGCACACUGUUCACUGGCAAAACCACUGGUGCAGCCACUGAGGAACAGGCUGUUCUUGCCCAGACUUUCAUCCCCACAACUAUGGCCAAAGCCGUUCUCCAGGGGGACUUUGCAGGGGAGGCUCAGGUUCAGGAGGGUGACCUGGGGGAAAUCAACCUUGUCAGGUUGUCCCCUACCACCCAGGACAUACUUCAGCAGGAGAAGGAGGAGCAGGAACUCGACUACAGCGAUGCGAUUCCGAGUUCCCCCAUCGCUCUCCCAGCUGCACAGCCACAAGUCACCCCCAUCCAAGGCAGCAGGAGUGGCUGUGGCUUCUCCAUGCAGGUUGUGACGGGGGAGGAAGAGCAUAUGGAAGCCGAGCGCCAUCCCCCCGAUUCUACUCCCUGCGCAGGCUCCGGGAGGAGGCCAGGCGGAGCCCCCCGCACUUUGGAGGUGUGGAAGUACUUCCGCCAAAUGGACAACCCGUGGCGGGGGCAAUGCCUCCUGUGCAGGAGGCAGAUCAGCCGCAGGAAGGUGAUGGGGCAGCUCACCAACUCGGGCAUGAUGCACCAUCUAAGGAAGCAUCACGAGCUGGUGCUGCGGCAAGGGGAAGUGGGCAAGGGGAGGCCCAGGGGCUUUCCAUCUCGGUCUGCUCUGAAGAACAAUGGUGACAGGAAGGCCAAAGGGAGCCAGAAGGCCCCGUCUUGAUGCAGAAUAUGGCUUGCUCCUUGUUUCACAGGAACAUGGACUCGUCCCUAGAUCUGGCAGCCAAGGAUAGGCUGAAGUGGCGCUGUCAAGGCAGGGCUUUGGGGCAGAGGUCUGGGGCCCCACUCGGCAGUGGAGGGUCCCCCAGAUGCAGCAGGGCUGGCCUAGCACAUUUUGAAGUGAUCAUUCACAUUGUAUCAUCUGAAGAGGCUCUUCCGCCCCACCUAUUCCCUGUAAGGCCAUCAGGUCUAAAAUGACCUAACUGUGUACUGCUGGUUGCAAGGUAGCUCGCCAGCAGAGACGGACUGUGUGCUCUGCCACGGACAGCUGAAGCAGCCAGCGUGCAUAGCGCACCUGCCUGCAUCUUGAGGGCUGUCCCUGGUGGCAACUGGAGGUGGCACCAGGCCAGAUACAGAGCGAUGCUGGCAGCCUGCCUGGUACAGGUUGUGGUUGUUGUUAUUAUUAGAAUUUAUUUCCCUCCCUUCAUCCAGCGGUCCCAGGGUGGAUUACAACAAUUCUAAAAUGUGUAAUUAAGAACAGUUAAAAACAACCCAAACAACAUCAUAGAAAAAUAGGGUGGGUCCUAACAAUAGACAUCUCGGGCGUCGAAGGCCAGGGUAAAGAGCCCAUUGGGUUGAUGGGAGUUGUAGUUCAAAAAAGUAACUUUUCCAAGCUCUGCAACAGUUGUACAAUGAAGCUGCCAGACACACCUUGUCGGGGACAGAGUUCCACAGCUUAGGGGCCACCACAGAGAAUGCCCUCUCCUGGGCCACCUCCCGCUCGAGAUUCUGAGGGUGGCGGAACUACCAAAAGGGCCCCCUCUGCUGAUCUCAACACCCAAAAGGUUCUGUAGGGAAGGAAGCGGUCUUUCAGACAUUUGGGACCUAAGUCGUUUAGGGCUUAGGUCAUGUAUCUGACGCCUGGCUCUUUAGCCUAGCAUUGACAGUAGAAUCAGUGUUGAUCAGAAAUACAAAUGCUACCAAGGAGAAAUCCUUUGUGGUCUGAAAUAGAGGUAAAGCGCCUGCUUUGCAUGCCAAAGGGCUCUGGAUUCAAUCCUCACUAUCUCCAGCUACAAACAUCAGCCUUGCAGGUGACUAGGAAGGCUAUUGGCUAGAAACUCUGGAGAGCUGUUGCCAGUUGGAGCGGACAAUAUUGGGCUCAGCUGAGAAAUGGCCUGACCAGAUAGAAGGCAGCUUGCUGUGCUCCUAACGCUGUAGCUCAGAGCAUCUGCCUUGCAUGCAGAAGGUCCCAGCUUCAGUUCUCAGCAUCUCCAGGUAGGGCCUGAAACCCUGGAGAGUUCCUGCCGGUCAGGGUAAACAAUACUGAGCUAGAUAGACCAAUGAUCUGAUUCAGUGUAAGGCAGCUUCCUCUGCUCCUGUCCGGGCGGCAAGACCUGGGAGCAGGGACACUUGCCUCGCUGUGGUGCAGAUGCUGAUGGCCCUUGAGCCUUUCUGUGGCCUCCGGCGCCCCUGCUGCCACUCUUGGGCAGGUCCUCCUCUUUGUUAAAGGAGCAUAUGGAGCAGCGCAUGGCUCAGCAAAGGAGCUCUCAGCUUCUCCCAGGGGCUGUGGCCGUGACCGAGAGGUUGCAGCGUUAAACAGAAAUGCAGCCCACAAAUACCUGCAGAGAUGAGGAAGUGCACAGGAGAGGCUGGUCAGAGCAAACAGGGCCUUGUCCCACUAACCUCAGCCAGGCCCUGCCUGCCUGUCUUCUUCUUCACAACCAGUCCAGUGGGUGGCACUGCCUGUCAGCUUCCUCCCCCUUAUUUAUUUAUUUAUUUAUUUAAAAGGUUUCUAUCCCUCCCUUCUACCCUGUAAUAGGGCACUCAGGGCGGCUUACAAAAAUAAAAUCAAACAUGUACAUAAUAAAAUUGUAAACAGUAAAAUCACAAAAAACAUUACAAUAAAUUAAAAUAUAUAAAAUACAAUUAAAAUACAUAAAAUACAAUAUAUAUAUGUAUAUGUGUAUAUAUAUAUAUAUAUACAAAAUUCAUUGGCGAUCACUCGUGGCCGAGUAAGAUUGUCUUCCAAGAUAAUUUGCUUGCAAGAUGCCUGUGCGUGAAUUAGUUUUAUGUGGGGAGAUCGGUGCACGAUGAUCAACACACAAUGUUACAGAAAAAGGCUUUGAUCCAAUGGCAUGGGUACCAUGACAAUUGGAAGUCUUUUAUCUGCUGCAGCCUUCAUCCGCCUUCACAGCCAUUGUAACAUACACAUUGUUAGCCUCCACCUGUUCUUGACCUUACCGCCGUGGGUGACCCUGCUGGGAGUACAUGACUCCCGACGGCAUCGCUCACAGGGUUCAUUGGAACACACAAGCCCGUAUAUAUGUAUGUAUAUAUAUAUAUAUAUAUAUAUAUAUAUAUAUAUAUAUACACACACAGAGUAUACACACACACGUGCGCGCAAGGGAUUGGGACUACAAAGGUAAAAUUUAACAUAGAAGGCAUAAAAUCAGUAUCAGGCUCUACCUUCAGUCCUUCCCAAAGGUUCUCCGGAACAAGAUCGUUUUCAGAAGUCUCCAGAAAACCAACAGAGAGGGAGCAGAGCCGGCCUGGUUGGGGUAGAGUAUUCCAAAGCUUGGGGGCCACAGCUGAAAGAGCUCUCUCCCGCGUGCCUGCCAAUCUAACAUCUUUCACUCCAGGCACGUAAAGGAGACCAGAGGCAGAUGAUCUUAAAUCCCGGGCAGGUACAUAUGGGCGUAAGCGGUCCCUUGGGUACAUUGGUCCAAGGCCGUUUAGGGCUUUAAAGGUCAGAACCAGCACUUUGAAUUGGGCCCGGAAACAAAUUGGGAGCCAGUGGAGUCGAUAAAGCACAGGGGUGAUAUGCUCCCUGCGCCGUGCUCCAGUUAACAUUCUGGCUGCUGCAUUUUGAACCAACUGCGAUUUCCAAACUGUUUUCAAAGGCAGCCCCGCAUAGAGUGUGUUACAGUAAUCAAACCUCAAUGUCACCAAUGCAUGUGUCACUGUGGCCAAGUCAACUGCCUCCAGGAACGGACGCAGCUGGUAGACCAGUUUGAGUUGGCCAAAAGCACUCCUGCCUACCGCAGCCACCUGAUAUUCAAGCAGCAGGGCAGGAUCCAGGAGGACUCCCAGACUGCGGACCUGCUCCUUCAAGGGGAGUGCAACCCCAUCCAGAACAGGUUGCAACCCCAUCCCUGAUGCAGUUUUCCCCUUGACCAGCAGUACUUCCAUCUUGUCUGGAUUGUUUCAGUUUGUUAGCCCACAUCCAGCCCUUCACAGCCUCCAGGCACCUUGGUCUUAGUGUUGCUCUUGUAGAACUCAGCAGGGAGGAGGAUGGGGAGAAAACUAGAAUUAUUUGGCUCUGCUUCUCAUUGGUUCUGGCUCCACCUACAGUAGGGCUCCUUGUCUUCCGCCCUACCAGUCCCAAUAAACACCAGAAGUGGAGGCAGGUGGCUCCAUGUCAGUGGGGCAGUGGAAUCCACUCUGGGUUUUUCCAGGAGCUGUCCAAAAUUCUGAAGCCUGUUUUGCGAAUAGGUCACAGCUCAUUGGACAGCUCCUGGAAAAACCAGGAGUGGAUUCCUCUGACAUAGAGCCACCAGCCGCUACCGAAAGUAGAAGCCAACUACUAUGUGCAUCUCAAGGCAGAAGGGGACUUAAGACCAUUUCACGUUCUCCGUUGGAAGGGUAAGCUGGUGGUGAGGAGUGUCUGCUAAAACGAUACCUCUGUUUUAGAAGAGAUUUCCAUGCAACUUUCUCCCUGAAUCAGGAAGGGGUGUGCAUGAGAAUCUCCUGCUAAAAGGGAGGUUCCCUGGGAAGAGGGACUGAUUGUUAAACCUCUUUGGGAAUUGUAGCUCUGUGAAGGGAACAGGGCUCUCCAGGAAACUCUCAGCACCCUUAACAAACUAUAGUUCCCAGGAUUCUUUGGAGGAAGCCAGGACUGUUUAAAGUGGUAUAAGAGUGCUUCAGAUGUAGUGCAGACAGAGGCCCCAUGCUCGCAAACAAAGCCACCAGCCCCACUGAAACAGGAGCUGGCAUCAGAUGUUCCUAUCCACAGGGCAGAUGGGGUCAGUAGGCUCUGUGGACAGUCUGACAAGAACAGGCCACUAUGUUGUCUUUGCCUCCCUCCCUCCCUCUCUUUCCUCAGAUUUUAAAUUUCAGAUUUCUAUUCCGAGUAUUUAUAUUUAUUGAAAGGGGUAAAUGUUUGCAGGUUUUGUGAGAGAGAUUUUUUAAAUUAGGAAAAAACCCGCUUCCGUGUGUUUUGUAUUG